GUCUCUGGUGUCAUGUUUUGAUGUUUUGAAUCAGUUUGACAGAUUUUAUUACGUGCUUUUGUUCCCGUAGAAGUUUAUUCAUUUCUUUUAGACGCCAAUUUUUGUAUAAAACAUAUUGAUUAUUCAAUAAUGAUCUUUUGUGACCAUUAUUAGGUGGAAAUAAGUUGCAUCCUGUCUAUAAAUUUUUGAUAACACUGACUUGACUGGUCGUAAAGGCUAUGUCUUUGUCCGGGAGCAUUAGUAGUCCUUGCAAGGAUUCCGAGACAUCGGAGAGCUACAGCAUGUCCGGGAGCGAUUCCAAUAUACCCCGGGACUUCAGCCGGCUCUCUUUGUUCUCUUCCGGUUCCACCCAGGAUGAGCAUUUCCGGUGUGAGGGUCACGCGGAAGUCAGUCUAUCUUGCAUGAAAAAGUACCUUCAAGCCGGUAAACUUUGUGAUGUAACUCUUAUUGCCGGAACCAAUGGGAGACGCGUGGAAGCUCAUAAACUGGUCCUGUCAGCAGCCAGUGAAUAUUUCUCGGCCAUGUUUACUGGAAGUCUAAGCAACAACGCACAGAACGAGAUAACGCUCGUGGAUAUCAAUGGCGAUCUUCUACAAGCUAUCGUUAACUACUGUUACACUGGAACGAUCGAAAUCAGGGAGGACAACGUCGAAGUUUUAUUGUCGACAGCUUCGCUGAUGCUGCUGCACGAAGUCGUCGAGGCCUGUUCCAGGUUUCUGGCCCACCAGUUACACCCGAGCAAUUGUUUGGGGAUCGCCAUUUUCGCAGAACACCAAUCCUGCACCAGUCUCAUGCACGAAGCCAACUCCUUCACGAGUCAGCACUUCAUGCAGGUCAUCAUGAACCAGGAGUUCUUGCAGUUGAACAUAGACCAUAUCUGCUCUCUGCUGAGCAUGGAAGAUCUGAAUGUCAGUUCUGAGGAGCAGGUGUUUAACGCGCUCAUGUGUUGGGUCCAACAUGAUCCUAUCAAGAGGGACAGGUACAUGGGGCAGCUGCUGGCGCUCGUCAAGUUGCCAUUCCUUAGCGCUGCUUUUCUUUGCGAUCAAGUCGAACCGGCCAUCGGUAACGAUCCGAUAUGUCAAAAAUUAAUAAUGGAAGCCAUGAAGUGGCACUUGCUGCCCGAGAGGCGAGUGCAGAUGACCUGCGCCAGAACGAGACCCAGGAAGGCGACCAUCGGUCGAUUGAUGAUCGUCGGAGGUAUGGACAGUAGCAAAGGCGCCACCACCAUCGAGAGUUACGAUCCCAGGUCCGAUAGGUGGACGAUCGCAUACGAAAUGAGCGGCAAAAGACUGCAAUUCGGCAUAGCAUUGAUCGCUGACAAACUAUUAGUCGUCGGAGUUGAGCGUCCUCCGAAUGACGCCUGCCCAGAACGGUCUUUUGAGGUUCUCAAGCUCUCGCCGUCGGGCGACUGGAUUAGUUUAUUUUUUUCCUUUCAUAGUUCUUCUUCUUCUUCUUUUGGGGUUGGCGCUGCUACUAGCACGGGCAAGUCGCACUCGAGUAAUGUCUGUUACGCGACCUGUGUGCGGCGCGUCGUCGCGUCCGGUGUCGAACCUUCGGGUCGGCUCUCGCGGGUAAAAUUAAAAUUCGAAUUUCGACGUCCCGGCAGGUGGGACCCGGCUACCCGCUCGUGGCAGUACGUCGCCCCGAUGCAGAACCAGCGUUGCUCGGCGGGCGUGGCCGUCCUCAACGGCAAACUGUACGCGGUCGGCGGCCGCGACGGCACCAGCUGCCUCCGGACGGUCGAAUGCUACGACCCGCACACCAACAAGUGGACGCUCGCCGCCCCUUUGCCCACGCGAAAGGGUUGCGUCGGCGUCGGUACCGCCAACGGGCAGCUGUACGUGAUGGGGGGGCAGGACGCGGCCGCCAACAACCCCACCGCCUCCAGGUUCGACUGCGUCGACCGUUACGAUCCGACGACCGACACGUGGACUACGGUGAGUACGUUGUCCGGGAAACGGGACGCAGUGGCAUGUACCCUCUUCGGCGACAAGCUCUACGCGGUGGGCGGGUACGACGGUAACACGUACCUCACCAACGUGGAAGCCUACGACCCGAUCACCAACGAGUGGGCGGUACUGAACCCGCUCAAGACUGGUAGAGCAGGCGCGUGCGUCAUCGCACUGUCCAAUAGCGUCUACGACAGGAGCGACUGACAGAGACGUUACUAGGUGACGAGGGUUGAAGAUAAUUUGGGUCGAGGAUAUUGGGGAUGUUACGGAAUAAAUGAAAUUACGAGGGAAAAUGAACUUCGCCCAAAUGGAAUGAAAAUUUAGUGUGAUAGGUAAAAAUCAAAAAUGAAACAGACUUUCUUUUGAUAUUAAGAAAUUGGAGGGUUUAAGGAAAAUCAAAUUCUUAUGUGGCCGACGAUUCAGCCACUCUAUCGUCUACUUGGGAACCAAGGAUGAUGAUUUUCCGUGUAGAUACAUGCAAUAAAAUAGUGGACCAUUACUUAAUCGCACGUCAGGCAAAUAACUAUUUUAAUAGUUUACUCCUAGAGUAGGUUCUCUAAAUAUGGACUGCUGUAGGGAUUUUUUAAAAUAAAAGUAAAGAAAAAAUGUCCUAGAGUUUUUUAUUCUGAUCAGUCAAGUACACAUCCCACAAUGUAUAAGUGUAUAAAACAUUCUGCUUCUGUAAAAACUAGUGUAAUUACAGUAAUGAAUUAAAUCAAAAUUUAGGUUUGGCCUAUAACAUUAACGGCUACUACAAAACUCGCAUAUAAAAAUGUAUUUUUUACUCCAUUUCUUCCGAUGGACGCAUUAAGAUUGCUCUUUAUGCGCCCAUCGGAAGAAACGCAUUGAACCCAUAAUUCAUCACAAGCAUCCUCCGAAAACGAGCCAUCUCAUUAUAAACAUGCUGCAUUUUCUUGGGCUGUUGAGCUACCUUUGACUGAAAAAUCACUACAGGAUUUGACAAUUUUCCUGAUUUACAAAUUGGUCUUUUCUUUACGUUUUUUUUGCCAGUUGGUUGUUUUCUCUCCUUAGGUGACUUUAUCUCCGAAAUUACUUUUACUCUUUAUUUGUGCGUUGCUAAGUUUUCUUUCCAUGUUGAAGGACCUGGAAGUAGAUUUGAAAUGAAUGAUUGAUCUUCCCGAUUUAUCUGAUUUUAAGUUGGUACUACUGUGGCAUUUCCGUUAUCUUGUGUAGAAUGAUCGUUAUCUGGCUUUUAUCGUUUAGAGUUGUUUCAAUAAAAUCAUGUGGAUCAGCGAAUAAAUCUCUGUUGUUCCGAGGCCAUUGAUAGCCACUUCUACACACUACACAAAGGCCGGAUUUUAUGGUUAGAGUACAGCGGUAUUGACACUAAACAAACAUUAUUUUUUCGUGCCAAAUCAAUUACUUCGACAUUUCUGUAUGACUCGUGUGCCCAUCUAAUAUCAGAAGUACGGGAGAAGUAGCGCAACGUUUUUCAAUUUCCAAAACUUGUUUAUACCAUUUAGUGAAUCUGUAUCCAGCAUGACGGAUGACAAUCGCAUAUUUAUCGAGCUGGCGCAGGAAAUAUCAUCAUUGGGGAACAAACGAUCCAGCUGCAUUCAUACAAAUUAUGCACGUUAUUGUUGAACCUCGUUCCGUUAUUUGCUUUUUUCUCUUUAGAGAUAACAUUUGUGGCAUCUUAUUGGGUAAAACCGAUAUCCCGAUUUCAUCAACGUUGUAAAUAUUCUAGGCAGGAUAUUUAAAAUCGUCCAUUUCUUUCUCUAAUAAAUUUACGAAAAUCAUCACGCUUUCCUCGUUACAACCUUUUAAUCGUGCAAUCGAGGUUCCUAUUGGACGGCAAAAGAAUAAGUUGGAUGACGGGUCAGAAACAGCUUCAACCAUGUUUUUCCUGCAGAAUUCCUUCGUCUGGAGAACGGGUUACUUAAAUUGUUACGUACUGCCACUUGAUAAGCAUCUGCUCAAACCAAACCCUAUAGAAAUGGCUCUUUGUCCUAGCUUUGUAUUUCAAGUCGCCCUAGAGGUAAAUCUCUGUUUUUAGAUAAACAAAUGAGUGUCGUUUUUGGAAUGCUAAAGGAUCUGGCAGAUUUUAUUCUCUCUAACAGCAAGAAUAGCAUUUUCCAUUUUUUGCGAUUGAAAUGGCAUCCCCACAUCCUGCUUAAGAACUACUGACGUCAUGCAGGUAUAUUAUAGCAUUAGGUGAGACCAGAUUUAGUUAAGUGCGCUGCUGGCAUUGAAACAAAAAUCAGGGUGGUCCAUAUUAUUCGUCUAGUCCAUAUUUAGAAAACUUACUCUACUAAUUUACUAUUCUAAUAGUAAGUUACUACAGGAAUAGUAAAUUAAUAGUUGUAAACUAAAUUAGGAAUAUGCAAAAAGCGGCGAACAUUUUUUAUUUACUAUUCUAUAUGUAGAUGAUAUAUAGUAUACUACGUAGUACGCUAUUUUCCCAGUGCUUGCCUUGACUUGGCUAAUUCCUCUCAUGGUCCAAACAAAAAUAAAAAUCGUAGCAAAAUUGCGUUACAUGUCUAAUAAUUGGCGUUAUCCUGCAGGUUGGAUGUAUAAAUGGCAGAUCCCAUUAUGUACGGAAAAAACAAUCCCAAGCCAAAGUAUGUAAGGAACGGAAAGGGGAAAUAAUGUUAUUCGACCCCUAAAAAUUCUUAAUAUAUCAAUAUAUUACAUUGUCGCCGAUAUUUUCCCCCUAUCUGGUCUACGGGAUGCGAGAAAUAUAAUAUCAAAUUAAAGAUGAUUAAUUUGAAACGGCAAAAGGCAAGGACCAUUUUUAAUUUGCUGUUUUAAAAGUUUACUACUCCUAAUUUAUUAUUGUAAUAGCAUUUACUAUUCUAAUAGUGAAUUUCUAUAUUCCAUUAGUAAUUUCCUGGUCUAACAAAAAGUUAAGAAUGUUCGUUGUCUUUUUUAUUAUUAUUAGUAGUAGUAGUAGUUGGACUAGGAAAUUUAAAAUAGCCUUCUUCAAUUUACUAUUUUAGCAGUUUGCUACCACUAAUUUACUAUUUUAAUGGUAAAUUAAAAAUGUUCCUUGUCUUUUGCGUGGCGAGCGAACCAAGUAAUUGUAUAUAUGUUAUCGCUAAUAUGCGAAACUUUUAGUGAUUUUGCAUAAUAACUAAACAUUAGGAAUUACGCAUAAAUACUAAAAUUGUCAGAUAUUAUGAAUCAUAGUCAUUAUACAUACUUUCGAAUCAUAGGGGGUAGAGAACACAAGAAAGAUAGGUAGGUACUUAUUCUGCAAUCUAUUUAAAUGAGAACAGCUUUUGUGGCACUUGACUACUACAUAUUGCAAAAAUAUUUAGUUAUCUGUUAUUCUUUUUACAACGACAAAUACGGUUUCUGUAGAAUUUCCUAAUGGAAGUUGUUAUAUGUUAAUGUGCAAGAAGAAGAAGAAUUGCUGUAAUAUUCCGUCCUUUGUUCCAAGUCUGUAAGUUCUAAGUGUGUAAGAUUAGUGCCUACUAAACGUGGUGAAUAUUUAGUCUUGAGCAUUGAGCCUUGUUGCUUGAAAUUUUCAGACGCUUUACUUCUAAUACCCAAAAUAGGUGUUUUUGGGGUACAAUGCUAACACCUCCUUGGCGUCUGUGACGUGGCUUUCCAUUUCCCAGCGUAAGAUUUUCCUGUUCUGCCGUUAAACUUUGGACUAUUUGAUUUACGAACUCCCUUCCGUUGUAACAUGUUUGCUUUCUUCCAAAGCUGUCUUUGACGUUAAAGCAUGUAGAAUAACAAAUUUGGUGAGGUGGUUUCGAUAAACAAGUAUGAAUUUAAUUUGCCCUAUAGUGCACUAUAGGUUUUACAGUAAGGCCUUUCCGUGUUUUAGACCGCUUUAAAAAAAAGUUCGCAAAGUAACAAGUAGACCGAAAUAAUUUCUUGUGUAAUGUUAGAGUACUGUUUUGAUACUUCGGCUUUCAUUCGAUUUUUCCCUCUCCAUGGCCUAUACUUCUACGGACAGGGACUACAUAUCACACAUCUUGUAUUGUUACUGUUGCUUCUACUAUUACAAGCCUAUUUACUUUACGAUAUUGUAACGAGUUUUUAGGGCCUAUCUUGGAAUUUAAUCUUAUGAGAAUAAAUUAAUUUAAUUGGUGAAACACGUCUUUUUAACAGAUUGCUUUACCUCGGCUACGGGAUAAGAGACUAUAUUCUUCGUUGAGCAAAACAUUUAGUCGUGAGUUUGGUCCUUCCCUUUUAAAUUUAUUCAAUAAAUUUGUAUCAGUAGCAGUAGCUACCGCGGUCUUUAUGACGAACUAACCCAACCUAUAUUUCACAGGUGCUCAGCAUUCACGCUACAGAGAAAUUGAAAUUACCUCCUAACGAGGUAAUAUGCAAAAUGACUAAAUGUUUUAAGUAUAACGCAUAAUUCCUGUUACAUUUUUAGGUAUUAUCAAUAUUUACACAAUAUCCCCAGAUAUUAUGAAUAAUAUCUAUGCAUAAUUCCUAAUGUGAUCAGUUAUUCAGCAAAAUCACUAACAGUGCGAUAUUUGCGGUAACAUAUAUUAUAUUAACACGGCAAAUCAUUUUUAAUGAUUCCAAAGGAAGCAAUAAAAUUGCCGAAACGUCGACCACAUAAACUCAUCAGUUCCUUAAUGUAAUACGCUCUAACAGAUCUAAAUCCGUUUAAAAGACAAUUUCAUCCCUACAUCUAUAUUACUACAUUAACUACAUUCUCUCCAAUAAUAGCAAAAGCACACUCUAUACACUCUAUUUUCUACAACAAAAGUUUAUGUUUAAUUAAUGUGGUCAACAGACCAAUUUUAAUAAAUUUUUUUAGAAUUGAAAGCGUGAAAAAAAACUAACUAAAACUCUUUAUCAAUAUUGUUUAAUAACCGACUCUUGUUAUCGUGAGAGUUUUGCCAUAUGUACGAGGUGCAGUCAAAAAAGUAUAAUGUUUUUGAAGUUUUGUUGGGUACUAUUAAAGUGUCGAAGAAAAAAACAUUAAGAAAUAUUAGAUGUUUCUAUUUCGUUUGCAAUUUUUAAGGUAGGCAUUUUUAAGUUAGUUUAUUCUAUCUGUGACCACUAUCGUUGACCAUAGUAUUUUUAUAUUAUUUGUUAUUAUUAAUAUUUCAACUUAAUUUAAAAUACAAACAUACUAACUUAUUUUUUUUAAUCUUGUGUUUUUUAAUGCACCUUCUAGUAAAAGUAAAAUUGUCACAACUUUUGGCGUUAACGUAUACUUUUUUGAUUGCACCUCGUAUAUAAAGGAACAACAGGUUAUCGAAUAUUUAAUAUACUUUUUGUAACAGACAAUCAUCUGUCAUUUAUGUAGUUUUGCUUGAAAUGAAGUGAAGGCCGUUUUCCCUUGUACUUCGUGCCGAUUUUUUUUUCGCUGAAACAGUCGAAUUCAUCACGUGACAUGUUCGUAGUCACGCGAAGGAUGUCGUUUAUAGCGCUUCAAAUUAAUUUAUUGAAUUUAUUGUAAUUAAUUUUGUUAGCAUUAUAUAUCAACAUAAAUUGAGGAGACAUUAUAAUUAGCGUCAUCAUCCCUAUUUCAAAACGUUUAAGACUGACGGGCAGCAUUUAAAUUUACGUUUUCAGAAGACUGACCAGACAAAAUUUGUUCGUUCCUCGAGUAGCGUGGAUUUUUAAUUCUUUUUAUAUUUUCUUUUUUUCAUUCCGUUUUUGCGUUCGUCGCGAUUUAGGUAAUAAGUUAGGGUGUAGGCGCGGCGACCUCAGUAUUUUUGUAACUAGCGUUUUGGAUGGCAUCUAAAAGCAACUUAAAAUUCCUGUGAUAAAUGUAACAUUUUUCUACUGUAACGUUUUUUCGUAGUAUCUUGACAUGUGAUAAUCGACAGGGCUCUUUUUGGAAACCAAAAGAUCUAUUAAUAAAUGU